AUCGUGUUUAUGACAUGCAUAAUUAAUAUUUCUAGAAGAUUUCGAAGAUCCACUUUUUGUGGAACCGACUCUUCAGCGUAAGCAGGCGAACUCUGUUCAACUGCAGGACCAAGAUGAAGGCUUUACGGAAGACGGGAUCAAGCUACCAAAUGAAACUUCUUUAUGGAUAAACUCUACUCUCAAAAGUACGGAUCACAAGUAUUACAGUGUCAACAUGUAUAAACCAGAUAUGCAGCAAUUCAGUAAACAUUGGAUCGAUAUCCCGCAUCUUCUCGAAAAUAAAAACACAACUCGUGGCGAACUGAGGCACAAACAGCUGUCCAACUCCUACCGCCGUGCUGUGAGUCAACGUUUAAGCUUCAAGUUUCCGUUUUAUGGCCACAUGACCGAAAAUAUCACCAUUGCUACCGGAGGCUUCGCGUACGUUGGUGAACAUGUGCACAGCUGGCUGGCCGCUACGCAGUACAUCGCUCCUUUGAUGGCCAAUUUCGACACUACGACCAGCGACGAGUCGAGAAUUCUCUACGCGGACACAGGAAAGGAAUUCGUAGUUGAAUGGAACCAAGUCGUACUGCGUAACCAGGAAGAAGCCGGCAACUUCACGUUUCAAUUGUCGUUGCAUGACAAUGGUGACAUUUGGUUUGUGUACAAAGAUAUACCGGUCGAAGUGAAGGAGAUUAAUGAUUUUCGACACCCAAGGAAAGUCGGCCUCUCCGAUGCGUACUUGUUUACGCACAAGAUACUGAACUCCAACAGAAGGAUCAUAUACGAGUAUCAUCGUGUCGAAGUCCCCUUGACGGAGGUCCGAAGUGGAGCGGUUGUAGAAAUCAAAGCAAAUCCGGUGUGCAUGGCUAUUGAUAACUGCUGGGACUGUUUGAACGUCACGCUCAGAGGCUUUAACUGUAGCUGGUGUAGUGUGCCGGCGUCGGCCGGUGGCUCAUUCUGCUCUGACGAGGCCGGCCUUCAUCGACGCCGCCAAGAGUGGCUGUUCUAUUCGUGUAACAAGCAGAACCAUCAGGUGUAUUGUACGGGCGACGAGCCGGGAACGGGCUCAAUUCACGAGCCGCCGCCCGACAUCCAAACGAACUUCAGCAUGUCCACCUCUCCCGGCGAGUCGUUACAUUCGACCCCGCUCACCGUGCCGACCAACACCGCACCGCGCAAUACCGAUCUGUCGUCCGAAUCACCGUUGUCAACGUUUUUGACUGAUAUUGAUAACUCGACGGCUCCGAACCACAUGGUCUCCAGAGAAUCAGUUACUGUCAUGAAAAUUGAGGGUAAGGUGCCGUAUGUCUUAAAAAAAUUUUUUAGUCUUUCGUUCGCCAAGCAUUUUCGUACACAGUCUUACCUUGUUUGUUUAGAUCACCGGAAAAUGUCUCCCAGCGGUGUGGUGGCCAUUUUAUUUUUCGUCGGAACGACUAUCUGCGUGAUGGGUUGGGUGGUGUACGCUUACCUGAACCCGCAGACUUCGUCUGGACAAUUUCUGAUACGCUAUAGGCCGAGCAGAUGGCGGCUGUCCAACAACCGAAGUGACAUCAGAUACACGGCUUCCGUUCACAUGUAAAG